AUGGUUCGACCAGAAGAAUUCAAUAGCUUGGAACUCGACAACUCUCUAACCGAUGGAGAGACUGUUCACGAGAUGAUGGCUCAUAAAGCUGGUUUGACAUAUAAUGAUUUCAACAUUCUUCCCGGGUUCAUCAACUUUGGAGUCCAUGAUGUUUGCUUGGAAACUAACAUCACAAAGGAUUUGAAGAUCAAGGCUCCUCUCGUUUCUUCCCCAAUGGACACCGUGACUGAAAGUGGAAUGGCCAUUGUGAUGGCUCUCUACGGAGGUAUUGGAAUCAUCCAUGGAAACUUUCCAAAGCCAGAAGAUCAAGCCGCUGAAGUUUUGAAAGUGAAACGUUUCAAGCAAGGAUACGUCAUGCAACCACAUUGUCUCAGUCGUGACUCCACUGCAUUUGACAUGAUUCAAAUCAAGAAAAAGUACGGUUACACUGGAGCACCGGUCACUGAAGAUGGACGUGUGGGAAGCAAGCUCAUUGGAAUGGUCACUUCUCGCGAUUUCGACUUUAUCACUAUGGAUGUUGCUGGGCAGAAAGGUACCCCAAUAUCCGAUACGAACGAUGUGACACCGACUACUCCCAUCACCAAGAUUAUGGUCGCAGUUGAUCAGCUCCAUUUGGGACACAUUAACGAUGCUCCGGAACUUUCACAGAAGAAGUUGAAGGAGCAUAGACUUGGAAAAUUGCCAAUUGUCAACGAUAAGGGAGAGUUGUGCGCUCUUCUUUGCAGAUCCGAUCUGUUGAAGGCUCGUGACUAUCCAAUGGCUUCCUAUGACUCCAAAGGUCAAUUGCUUUGUGGAGCAGCAGUGAACACACGUGGAGAAUCCCAGUACACAGUUGAUUGUAUCGUUGAGGCUGGAGCUGAUGUUCUCAUUAUCGACUCUUCAAACGGAUCCUCCACCUAUCAAAUAUCGAUGCUUCGAUACAUCAAGGAGAAGCAUCCACAUGUUCAAGUAAUCGCUGGAAAUGUUGUCACUCGUGCACAAGCGAAACUUCUCAUUGAUCAGGGAGCCGAUGGUCUCCGUAUUGGAAUGGGAAGUGGAUCGAUUUGCAUUACUCAAGAUGUUAUGGCUGUGGGACGUGCUCAGGGAACAGCUGUCUACGACGUGGCUCGCUACGCUAACCAGCGUGGGAUCCCAGUCGUUGCGGACGGAGGAAUUCGUGAUGUUGGCUAUAUCACCAAGGCUAUCUCUCUGGGAGCAUCAGCUGUGAUGAUGGGUGGUCUUCUUGCUGCUACCACUGAAGCACCAGGAGAGUACUUCUGGGGGCCUGGAGGUGUUAGAGUGAAGAAGUACAGAGGAAUGGGAUCUUUGGACGCGAUGGAGGCUCACGCUUCCAGCCAGGAUCGCUACUUUACUGCUGAGUCUGAUCAGAUUAAAGUUGCUCAAGGAGUGUCUGCCACUAUGAAGGAUCGCGGAUCAUGUCACAAGUUCAUUCCAUAUUUAGUUCGAGGUGUUCAACAUGGAAUGCAAGACAUUGGAGUACGUUCACUUCGCGAGUUUCGUGAGAAAGUCGACGGAGGAAUCGUCAAAUUCGAGAGACGCUCUACAAAUGCUCAGUUGGAAGGAGGUGUUCACUCGUUGCAUUCGUUCGAAAAGCGUCUCUACUAG